CAGCAGGUGAAGACCAAGUCUACCAGGUAGUACUUCGCCCAAUGCUGAGCCCAAUACUAUGACUAGACUGAAGGAUAAAGUGCCUUGUCGCCGGGUCGAAAUGCGCAAGGCACGUCAUCAAAUGCUAAGGCAAGCACCCCUCCUCUUGUGCGAUCUCCCACCUUCGCGACAUUAUAUCUCCAGACCUUCACGCAGACGCGCAAAGCCCAAAACCGCCGUUCAGUCUUCACACGUCAAACGAUAACACCGACCCGUCAAAAUGGCUGCUAAUUUCGAGGAAGUUGCGAAGCAAUUCGUCCAGUUCUACUACGAGACCUUUGACUCCGACCGCACUCAGCUGGGCAACCUAUACCGCGAGCAGUCCAUGUUGACAUUCGAGUCAUCCUCCGUUCUCGGUGCUGGCAACAUCGUUGAGAAGCUUGUCAGUCUUCCUUUCCAGAAGGUCAAGCACGAGAUCGCCACCCUCGAUGCCCAGCCCGGCAUGGGCGACGGCAGCGUGAUCAUCCUAGUCACCGGUGCCCUCAAGGUCGACGAGGAGGAGCGCCCCAUGAACUACACUCAGACCUUCCAGCUUGCAGCAACUCCGGACAAGCAAUACUUUGUCUACAACGACAUCUUCAAGCUCAUCUACUAAGCGUUGGACUUGGGUUCAUAGGAAAAGAAGUCGGUGGUUCAUAAAGAAAUAUCCAAGCUUUGACACAUAAGCAACUUGACGU